CGGACAGUGCGGUUUUGCCCGGCGAGGUCGUGGUCGUGGUGCUUCGGGCGCUUGUUGCUGGGAGAUACCUUGCGAGUGCUGUUGCUGAGCAGGUAGUGCAGCCUGCGCAUUACUUGUCUGCCGUCACUUUUUAGUCUAGUCAUCAGUCUCGCGCAUCGCCUGCACUCACAACCAGGCCGCAAUGGAGACCGCACCGUCCUCGCUCGAGAAAAUUAGCAAAGAGGAAACCAUCCGGCUGCGCGACAUGUAUAUCGGUUUCCUUUUAGGCUCCCAAGCCCUAACCACCACAAAGACCCCAACUGCUGCUGCUGCUCCUGCCAGCAGCUUCCAGCAUCGAUUCAACAGCAGCCCUUACCAUCGCCGCAGGUGUUUCACGGACAGAUAUCCCACUCAGCUGCUUGCAGUGUCCCAAAUGUGGGAGAGAGAGCUAGAGACGCUGUUUGUAGCGCUAGCACAUGGUGGACAGGUGGACAAAGGACUGAUGCAGAGUGCAUGCACUCUAGGCUGACUGAAACAGCCCAAGGCAGGUGCAGUGCUGUGUCAACCAGCCAUUGCCCGUGGCCAGCGGAGACCAGCACGGACUACACUGGGGGAACUCUCCUGCGCAAUGAACUUGGAGAUAGCUCUAGCCCCAGCUUCGUUGUGCUCAGAUCUCUUGCGAUGGCUAGAGAUUCACCGUCAGAAAAAGGUGGGCACCCCGCUUGUUGUGCAGCGGGUGUGGCCUGUGCUUCCAGAUGGUAAACGCGUAUUGACACGGCAGAAAAGAGGGGAAGGAAGUCGUGUACUGUGUUCUUCAAGAGCAAUGGGCCCCUGAAGAUAGUGCGUGGCCAGGGCCAGUACAUGUACGAUGAGUCUGGCAACGCGUACCUCGACUGCAUCAACAACGUUGCCCAUGUGGGCCACUGCCACCCGCAUGUGGUCAAGGCUGGCGCUGAGCAGAUGGCAUUGCUUAGCACCAACAGCCGCUACCUGCAUGACAACCUGGUGCUCUACGCUCAGCGGCUCACAAACUACUUCCCAAACAAGCUCUCCGUCUGCUAUUUCGUUAAUUCAGGGUCCGAGGCAAAUGACCUUGCUAUGCGGCUGGCAAAGUGCUACACAAAGAACAAAGACAUCAUUUGCCUUGAUAGUGCUUACCAUGGCCACCUGCAGUCCACCACCGCCAUCAGUCCAUACAAAUUCAACCACAUCAUUGGCUGGCAGAAGAAAAAAUCGGUCCAUGUGGCUCCCCUGCCCUGCACCUACCGGGGCAAGUACCGUGACUGCGACUACCCACCUGGCACUGACCUGGGUCUCAUGUAUGCGCAAGAAGUUCUCAACCUGAUUGACCAGGUCCACUCGGAUGGUCGCCGCAUUGCCGCCUUCAUCCACGAGUCGCUUGUCAGCUGUGGUGGGCAGUUUCCCUUGCCCGAGAACUAUCUGCGCAAUGUCUACCAGUACGUUCGGGAAGCUGGUGGUGUCUGCAUCGCUGAUGAAGUCCAAACUGGAUUUGGACGUGUUGGAGAAUACAUGUGGGGCUUCCAGCUUCAGGGGGAAGACAUCUGCCCUGACAUUGUAACCCUGGGCAAGCCAAUUGGCAAUGGCCACCCAAUUGCCAUGGUGGUGACUACAAAAGAAGUCGCAAGCAGAUUUGAAGCUCAAGGUGCCGAGUACUUCAACACAUAUGGCGGUAACCCAGUGUCCGUGGCAGUGGCUUCUGCAGUGUUGGAUGUCAUAGAAAAUGAGAAGCUGCAGCAACACGCCAAGGAAGUGGGUGCCUACCUCCUUGCCUCACUGCGAGAGCUUCAGCAGAAGCAUCCUCUCAUCGGUGAUGUCCGGGGUCACGGCCUUUUUGUGGGUGUGGAACUAGUCCUCAAUCGAGAGACAAGGGAACCUGCUGGAGAACAAGCCAGUGUGCUGUCUCUCAGGCUCAAGCAAAAUGGUGUGCUGCUGAGUACAGAAGGCAAGUACGGCAAUGUGCUCAAGUUCAAGCCACCUAUGUUGUUCAACCGUGAAAAUGUGGACACUGUUGUAUCAAAGCUUGACAAUCUGCUUACGAAUAUUGAAGAUGAGUGUGCGGACUUGCGCUACAACUUUGCCAAUGUGGCGCGGUCACUUGCCAGCAGUGCGGAGUCGCUCUCUACAGCCUCAUCAUUUGACUCGCUUGAGGAGAGCUCUGAGGAAGAUGUGUCGUCCUCCUCUUAGGCUCUGCCCUGGGAAUACCUUUACAGCAGAAAAACAAGCCUUUUCUUUUUUUUUUUUCUGCACAACCACUUUUCAAUCGAGUGUCCUUGUCUGUAAUCUGUUCUACAUGUGCAUUUGCGAGUUUGAUUAUUCUGCAUGCCACCCUGUGUCGUGCUAAGUGAAUUGGCAUAUGCUAUGAUGCGCAUCUUUGUUUCUAAACUAGCACACAAGAAAAAGAUCUUCUGCUUGCGAAACCAGAGCAGGGUUUACUUACACCAGAUGCAAUUUUUGUUAUCUUGACAGUUCCUUUAUCUGUGUGGUAUGUUGCUGAAAAGUAGUCAUCAUUGCUGUGUGCAUUGCUCAAGUUUCCAUCAUUUUAUUUCUUCGCCCUAGACUAUGCCAUCGCUAUGAACAUAUAUAUGUAUAUAUAGGCAUUGUUGUUUGUAUGUCAACAUUGUCAGUUAUAUGGCAAUGUCUUUGCUUUUGCCAGUACAAAUAUGCAGCUUUUUCUGCCACCCUUUGGGUGGCAAUCAAGUACGUCGUAGAUAGAAGUUUAGAUGGUGUUGCUUGCAAGAAUUGCCACUUAGUCAACAUUUUCAGUAAUAUUUCAAGCUAGUGCAAGAUGUUGCAUUGAACUGCCCCUGUUGUCUUCCACUUGCCAUUAUUUAACUCUGGCAAGAAAAGUAAGACUUUUCUUUUUUGUAGGUGCGUCAUGAGGACACUGAUAUUGCCUAUGUAACACGUCUUGUAGUUAUCUUCAAGUUAAUGCUCUAUUUGGAAGUGGUUGUGCAAGGACGCUGCUCGUUCUUGAGUAGUCAUGUUUUAGCUGCCACCUUUGAGGUUCUGGCCUCGUGGCUUUGUUUUAUUCUUUGGUGUACAUGGCACAAUGCCUUGCUAACUUAUUCAUUUUCCUUCAGAGUGCUUAAUGCGCAUCAUCCUCUGGAGUUGAAUUUUUAUUGACUGGUAUCCAGUUGUCAUUUCACACUUAUCAAUUUUGUCUUGGAAGAAUGGCAUCAACUAUCCUUUCUUUCAGUCGUGUUUAUUCAUUGGAGCCUAAGUAUUGCAUGUUGCAGUGUUGUGUUCUAUUGAUAUUUUUGGCUUGGUUUUCGUGUCUCCCCUACCACAUGCAAGUGUCCUAAGCUGUAGGCAGCAGCUGAUAAGCUUCAUUGUCCACAGUCCUCAUUGGCUGAUGUCUGCAGUUCACGGCUGCUGUCUAGUGGCAUUGUAUUGGCUUCAUUAGACUUCAAUCGACUCUGUAACGUGUAGGGGUGUUCGAUAUUUGAAACUUCCUUAUGAAUCGAAUAGUCACUGUUCAUAAAUGCAAUUAUUCUUUAAAUACUUUUUGAGUAUUUACAACUGCAAACCAAAUGAACAUAAAAUUGUAGCAAAAAUAUGGUAAUGUUUCACACUCGCGGGCAUAGUAUAGACAUAAAACAUAACUUGCAUAGUGGAGCAGGCUACGUCGCUUAAGCAACCAUACUUUAUAGGCUGUACAGCGAUCAUUGGCACUCUCCGAGGAGCCCUGUGCAUGUGAAGGAACUACUUGCUUGCUCCGGCACCAUCUGCGCUUUUAAGAGACAACACUUCAUAACAUACCAUGUAGACAGAAACCUGCUAACUUUCAGAUUACUGGGAUGUGAACAUCAUUUUAUAUUAAUUGUGAUAAUGCUAUUAAUUAUUCGAAAACUAUUUGAUUCGCUUCUAGCACUUGCAAUUUUUUUUUAGACAGAAUCGAAUUUCGCACACCCCUAGUAACUUGUCAUUGUCAUGUUCCGUACAGUGCUGUGUUUUAGGCUGGGCAGUUUGCAAUGCUUGUAGCAUUCUCAUCACUCAUUGUGGGCGCCCGCCUGCUGUUGGCCCACUCUGUGGGGCGAGGCAAGGAGGGUGGGUUCUUUCUGUAUAUUGUCAUUGUGCUGAUAAUUCGUCUUCCAUAGUUUUUUUCACUCCAUUAUACAGUAUCUUCUGCAUGUGUUAAAAUGUAUGCAAACUGAAUGGCAGGCUUGAUGCCAUUCCAUAUACAUAUAUAUAUAUAUAUAUACUGUUAGAAUGCCUUCCUGCAAUAAAGAGCCUAUAAUUCUGUCAAGUGCUCU